AUGUCUGCAGUGGCCGGCGCCAUGCAGCCCCCCACCGCGCACGUCUCGCCCACCACCACCGCCGCCCGCAAGGCCUCGGCGGCGACGGGCGGCGAGGAGAAACAGAAGGAGAAGAGAUACAAGUGCCAGUUCUGCAAUCGCGCCUUCUCGCGCUCCGAGCACCGCUCGCGACACGAGCGCAGUCGUAAGUGAUACCCCUCGAUGGGAGACGCCCAUGCAAGAGUCGCCGAUGCGAUGCGUGUGCUUGUGAUAGAAAGUUGUUUGGCGGGGCAACGUGAGAGCUGCCACACGCGCGCGACAGAGCAGCAACCAACGCAAAGUGGGCUGGCGGGGCACACCAAACAACCACACCACCUCCCGUCAUCACCGCCAUCAAGCACUUCGAGUAGGAACAUGAGCUGACCACCACCGUCAUCACAGACACCAAGGAGCGUCCCUUCAAGUGCCAGAAAUGCCGCAGCACCUUCGUGCGCCGCGACCUGCUCCUCCGCCACGACCGCACCGUCCACGCAAAGGACGGCGGCGAGCCUCUCCAGAGUGAGGCCAAGCAGCGUCGUAGCACCAACGGCAGCAACAAUACCAAUACCACCGCCACUGCCUCCGCCUCCAAGUCCGCCUCCCAUAACAACGCCGCCGCCGCCGCCUCCAAGGCGUCACCGAAUGGCGAGAGUCACGCCGCCAACGGCAAGCUUGCCGACCUCGACGACGCCGCCUCUCUCGACAACUUUACCAGCGGCCCUCAUCCCUUCGACGUCGAACAAGCCGCCAUGCUCAUGCAGAACUUCCAGCAGAAGGCGGCCAUGUCGGGCGAGGGCCAGGCUACCAUAGGCGCCGAGCCACUCAUCUCGCCAUCUGGUCCCAUGAUGGAGCCCAGCAUACCAACAUACCCAGGCUCCAUGACCCUGCCACAGAUGCAGGGCUGGGACCAGAUGCUCCCUCACAGUGUCUCUCAGACCAAGGCUCCCUCCAUCACAUCCAGCGCCGAUGCGAAUCACGACCUGCUGCCGUACCCCAACGGCAAUGUGUUGCAGGCGGCGGGCGGCAACCUCGCGCCGUUGAUGGAGCGUACCGAGAGCCAGCAGGACGGACUUCCUUCCUUCAACUCGGGUUCGAUGAUGGGUGGUCUGGCUACUCCCGGCGCCUUAUCGCCGUUCCCUUCGAUGGUCGGUCCCGUCUCACCGGUCGACUAUAGGAGAUCUCCCGGCCCGCCUCAGCAGUGCACCAUGGCCCGGGCACCUCAAGUCGAGACGGAAGAGCAAGUCAGUCGCAUUGUGGACAACAUCCGCCGCUGCGACAGCGAGGGCGCGCUCGAGCACACCUUUCGUCUGCCGUCCACCUCGGUCCUCAACCGAUACCUGAUGACCUACUUCAACUUCUUCCAUCACCACCUACCCUUCCUGCACCCGGCUUCCUUCAACCCUGCCCUAGUGUCAGCGCCUCUUCUGCUCUCGGUCCUGUCGAUCGGUGCUCUGUACACCUUCGAUCAGGACCAGGCUUACAUGCUGCACAUCGGCUCCAAGGUGCUCGUCACCCAGUUCUUGCAGAAGAAGGACAACUUCAGCUCUCGCAAGUGCCCUCUGUGGAUGAUGCAGAGCUCUCUGCUCAACAUGAGCUUCGCGAGCUGGAGUGGUGAUCCCAAGGGGUUAGAGUGGGCAUGCUCGAUCAAGAGUCUGCUGGCCAACAUGGUCGCCGGCAAUCGGUACGAGCUCAAGCUGCGCACAGAGGGCAGGGAGGGUCGACAGCCGACUCACGAAGAGUGGAUCGAAGACGAGGGAUGCAGACGGACCUAUUACGCCGUCUACAUCUUCUUUGGUCUGCUCACCCUGACGUACAACCACACUCCGGCCAUCAGCUUCAACGAGUUCGACACCCUUGAGCUGCCUUCCUCGGAGACGCUCUGGAAUCUGGAUCCGAACGACAAUGACAGCUGGACCGAGAAUCUGACCGCCUCCACCAUCAUCACCUUCCGCGAAGCGCAUGACGCCCUUUUCCAAGGCGAGACCGCUCGCUGCAGCGCCUUCGCUACACGUGUCAUGAUCAAUGCACUCUUCCUCGAGGUGUGGUACCACAAGCGUAGUCCCGAAGCCCUCCAAGAUAUCGUCACGGAGUACAAGCUUCGCUUGGCCCUCGACUUCUGGGAGAAGUCUCUGGAGCUGUGUGAGCCGGAGACCGUGGUUGUCCAACUGAGCGCCCCUCACAAGGGACAUCCCCUCAUCUUCAACGCAAUGGCAAUGUACAGGAACACACGUGCGAGACUGCUGGUCGACCUUAAGACGGUUCAGGAAGCUCUUCGCUACCACGACUCGUACGAGGUCGCUGCCGCCAUGACGCAUGCACGCGACAAGGUCAAGCGGAGCGGAGAUAUGCUCGCCGUCAUCCAGAACUGCUUCGACUGCAUCGAGGUCGCAGCUUUGCAAGGCAUUCGCUGGGUUGCGCGCACCUCGGCUACCAACUGGAGUAUCGAGCACCCACUCUGCGGGCUGGACCUCAUCGUUGUUCUGAGCCUUUGGCUGUGGCGCGUCGAGCAUGACGAAGAACCCGCAACAGAGGACGAGAAGAACAUGUACCAGAAGCUGCGCAGCCUCUUUGACGACGACACUGUCGAUGGCUACGGCUCCAAGCUGAGCUCGACGGUGGCGCGUCUUUGGGGCAGCAUGAUCGACGAGGUAGUUGUUUGGGGGUAAGUGCAGUCGCCCGACCAUACUCUAGAUCUGCGUACUGACUUUUGUUAUAGUAUCACCAAGCUCAUGGGCGAGUCCUUCAAACUCCACAGUCAGUCUCUGAUUGGAUAUGAGGAUGCUGUGAUGCACGAUCAGAUCAACGAACCCGUCCCAGCGGUCAUCGCUCCCCACGCUACCGAAGUCACGGCCUACUGA